CCGAUGAGCAUGCAAUAGCCAUCCUCAACAAUGGAAGCAACCUGCAGCUACCUCCUCCUCCUCUCGUUCUUCCUACUACUUCCUCCCAGAGCCUUCGCGGCCGGAGCCGUUGCCGACACGUUCAGCAAGGGCCGCAACAUCACUGACAACGAGACGCUUGUCUCCGCCGAUGGCGCAUUCACCAUGGGUUUCUUCUCCCCCGGGGUGUCAACCAAGAGGUACCUCGGCAUCUGGUUCUCCGUGUCCAUAGACGCCGUCUGCUGGGUGGCCAACCGUGGCCGCCCCGUCAACGACAACUCCGGCGUGCUCAUGGUCAGCGACGCUGGGAGCCUCCUCCUGCUAGACAGCUCCGGCCAGAUCGUGUGGUCGUCGAACUCCACCAGCAACUCGCCGGUGGAGGCCCAGCUCAUUAACUCCGGCGACCUCGUCCUCCGCAACCGGGGCAGCACUACCAUGUUGUGGCAUUCUUUCGACUACCCGUCGAACGUGUUGCUAUCCGGCAUGAAGGUGGGCAACGACUUCUGGAGCGGAGCCGAGUGGCACCUCACGUCGUGGCGUUCCGCGGACGACCCGUCGCUGGGGGCCUACCGCCGGGUGCUGGACACCACUGGCGGCCUCCCCGACAAUGUCGUGUGGCAAGGCAACGCCAAGACGUUCCGCACGGGCCCGUGGAACGGCCUGUGGUUCAGCGGCAUCCCGGAGGUAUUGUCGUACUCGAGCUUGAUCGAGUAUCGGAUGGAGAUCAACUGGCGGCAGGUAACCUACGGCUACAUUGUGAAACCCGGCUCGGCCCCAACCUAUGUCGUGUUGACGGACACCGGCAUGGUCAAGCGCCUGGUGUGGGACGCAAAAACCCAGGCAUGGCAGACCUACUACCAGGGCCCCAGGGAUGUCUGCGACGUCUACGGCAAGUGCGGGGCGUUUGGUCUGUGCAACUCCAGUGCGGCGGCGACGUCGUUCUGCAGCUGCCUCAAGGGGUUCAGCCCGGCGUCGCCAUCAGCGUGGAACAUGAAGGAUACCUCCGGCGGAUGCCGGCGAAACGUGAAGCUGGACUGUGGCGGCGGGCGGACGACGGAUGGUUUCCUCUUGCUGCACGCGGUGAAGCUCCCCGACACGCACAACGCGACGGUGGACAAGAGCAUCACCGUCGACGAAUGCAGGGCCAGGUGCCUCGCCAACUGUUCGUGCUUGGCCUACGCCGCGGCUGACAUCCGGGGCGGCGGCGGCGGCGGCAGCGGUUGCGUCAUGUGGACGGAUGAUAUUGUGGAUCUUCGGUACGUCGACCAAGGCCAGGAUAUGUAUUUGAGGUUGGCCAAGAUUGAGCUCCCGCUGCCGCCGCCGUCCUCGCCCUCGUCGUCGUCUCGGCAGUUUCCCACUGCGGUGGUUGCUGGUGCAUCUGCGGCUGCCGUUGUCGCGAUUCUUAUUGCUUUGUUGAUCCUGGUUGUGGUUAGGAAGCGUCGUCGAAGAAUGAAAGAGUUAACCUUGUACCUAAUUGACAGAAGAGGAGGAAGCUAUUUGGGUUGCCUGAUCAAAGACUUGGAAGUGUUUACAGGGGGCGAGUUUAAUGGGUGCUAUGUGAAUGCCUUUGGAGGGAAUGCAAAGAACUCGUAUUUAUAG